AUGCCCCCCAAAAUGACCCUCACAAUGGACUCCAUCACCGCCUCACUCACCCCGCAGGACCUCGCCAAUGCGAGCGAAAUCUCCUCCCUCCUCCUCAAAAUCUACCAAACCCUCAUCCACAUGCAAUACCUCCCCGCAAAAUCCCUUCACCCGGGCCCCCACGAUCUCACUCGCCUCCUCCCCCUGUUCGAAAAACUCCAAUUGACACCCCAAAUCAUCUACCUCUACACCGUCCUGCCCUAUGUCUCUUCCAAAGGCCACGACUUCUACCAUGGCGGGUACUUUGCCGACUUUCGCAGCAAGCGCGACGUCAAAGACGCCAGAAACACAUUCUACGCCGAGGACCGCCGGGAGCAGAUGCGCCCUUGGAUGACGCCGCUUAGCUUGUGCUGUAACCACUCGGCCGUGCUGUUUUAUGAUUCCAGGCGACAUCGGAUAGGCAUUUUUAGUCAGUGCGAUGACUGGAGUAAGGAUAAGGCGCUGAGGGCGAGGCAUGGGGAUACAAAGUUGGGGUUGACGCCGGUGGAGGACUUGGAGGUCGAGUCUGAUUCUGAGCCCAGUAGUGAGGAUGGGGGGAGUGAGCGGGAUAGUGAUGAUGAAACGAGGUCGAGGAAGAAGAUGAAGAAACAUUAUCAUCCGAGGUUGGGGUGCAGGAGCCAGGGGAGCAAUGUGUGGGAUGAUAUGCCUUCGAGGCCAGCAGGGGAUGUGCUGAGGGAUAUACUCAGGGAGUAUGAGACUUUGGAGGAGGUGCCGUGGGUGUAUGAGCAUGGGUCGAGCCGAGACUGGCCGAAGGGGGUGAAGCAGUUGUUCUUCAAGUAUGGGUGGCCGGGCAAACAAUUUGCGAACAAUGUCGAGGCAUUUGAGCUGGACAAGAUGCGGCUUGCGGCAAUGGGGACUCUCAGGAGGCGCGCGAAGGACAUAUGUGAGCAGGUCAAGCAAGCGAAGGAAAGGGUGGAGGAGAGGAAUGGGCCCGACUUUCUGCUUUUGAGGCGACAGAUUGCUACGGCCGAGACACCAGACGAAAAAUGGAUCGCGAGGUAUCAACUUUGGCGGAAGGAGCAAAUCAUCGAGCAAUCAAAAAAGGAGCUGGAAGAGGCAGAGGCAACGAGGGACCGGCAGUUUCCAUCUGGGCACAAGCUUAGCAUGUUUAGCCAGAAGCCGGAGGAUUGGAUCCUGUGGGAGGUGCAAAAAUGGAGGCAGGAUAUUGCCCGCGAGGAGGAGCACCUCCAGUCUGCCGUGGAGCAGGCCGAGAUGUUCGCAGCUGGUCUCCUCGGCAAUGAAGCCAAUCUGGAAUACAUCAAAGACAACAUCGAAAAAAGACAGAACAACUUGGAGCUCCUCCGCAAGGUCUUGGAAAUGAGUAAGGAGGACGCGGAGAGGCUAUGCCCUGGGAUAGAGGAGCUCCCAGUCGAGGAUGAAAGCGCCAACACUGCCAGCUUCCACAACCGAGCCUAUGCCAUUGGUUGCCAUGAGAAAGCGAUUGACGAGAUAAAGGGCUUCAUGGCUACCGUGCCGAUACAUUGUACCAAAACAAUACAGCUUCUGCAGGGAGAGAUUGAAAAUCACCGCGAGGACAUCAAACGCAGCAAUAAAUGGUGGGACGGACACGAAGAGGCCAUAAGGAAUUUCGAAAAGAGGAAGGAGGCCCUUGCUGUCAUGAAGGCCAAGCAGAAGACGGAAGGUUGA